AUGUAGCUGCCCCUUUUCUGUAUUCUGCCUUGCAGCCCCCUUUCUUCCCCCCGAGAACGAUUCAAUAGAUCAAGAAAAUGCCUGUAUGCAAACCCUAGAUCUACACGAAGGAGAAAAUAAGGUUUCUCUUUCACGUAGGGUUCGGCUUCAAGGUCUGCCCAUCUCGGCAUGCAGGCUUGCGUCAGUUGAUAACGAAACUACGAGAGGUUCGUGAGGGGAGAGAGGGAGAUGCAAAGGGAUCGCAGAGUUGGAGGGGUGAGCGGAUCCAAGGCUGAGAUCGGAUCCCACGAUCGGAAACGGAUCAACGAUGUGCUCCACAAGCAACCUGAUAAGUCCUCAACAGUAAUCCCCCGGGUAGUCAAUGGGAAGACGAAGGAGUAUUUGAUGGCUUCCGCCUCCACUGGGAAGCAGUCCGAUCACUUUUCCACUGCAGUCUCCAAGAACAAGUGCUCCGAUGAGGAACCUGAAACAAUUUGUGAAGAGUCAGAUGUCAGUGGUUCUGAUGUAGAUGAAACUUCAUGGAUUUCAUGGUUCUGCAGCCUAAAAGGAAAUGAGUUCUUUUGUGAAGUUGAUGAUGAAUACAUACAAGAUGAUUUCAAUCUAUGUGGGUUGAGCAGCCAAGUUCCUUACUAUGAUUAUGCUCUUGAUCUGAUUUUGGAUGUUGAAUCUUCUCAUGGAGAUAUGUUUACGGAGGAGCAGAAUGAGUUGGUUGAAUCUGCAGCAGAGAUGCUGUAUGGUCUAAUCCACGCUCGCUUCGUGCUGACCAGUAAGGGGAUGGCUGCAAUGCUUGAUAAAUACAAGAACUAUGACUUUGGAAGAUGCCCCAGAGUUUACUGCUGUGGGCAACCCUGCCUUCCUGUUGGUCAGUCAGACAUUUCUAGAUCCAGUGCUGUGAAAAUCUACUGCCCCAAGUGUGACGAUGUCUACUACCCAAGGUCCAGGCACCAAGGCAACAUCGAUGGUGCUUAUUUCGGCACGACAUUUCCCCAUCUGUUUUUGAUGACAUACCCUCACCUGAAGCCUCAGAAGGCCUCCCAACGGUACACUCCCCGAGUUUUCGGCUUCAAAAUCCACAAACCCUAAUGUGGAACUAAAGAAGGUUGCAGAUUAUAUGAAAUCCAAUCUUUCUGAUGCUUUCCGAUAUCCCCUUUCGACAAAGCAUUCGAAGUAAAAUCAUGCAUUGUAUGACGAUGGAAACAGCAACAGAUUUGGAACUGUGAGGAUUUGUUGGUGGUGAGAGCUGGGAGCCAAUUUAUGAUGUCAAUUGUUUCUGUUGUGUUAUGCAGCUGCAGCCAAAGCCAAGGAGCUGAUAUAUAUGUAUAUUUGAUUUUUCAUCCAAACUAAUGUGGUAUGGUUUGUUUAGUUCUAUUUCUCAUUUUCAUAUUUGUAAUGAAGAUUUUUUUGUGUC